GGGAGUCCACACUAAUUUCAUUGUAAACCAAAACCAAACCAAAACAGAGAGCCGUUCUCUCUCUCUCUCUCUCUCUCUCUCUCUCUAAGUGAUAUUUAAACAUCCCAUAAACACCCUGAAAAUCGGCUUCAGAAAUCGUUCUAAAGGCUUUUCCAUGGCGUUGUCUGUUUCAUAUAUGUUGCGUUUGGUCCACAUUGCUUUGCUUUUCGGCCUCUGUUUCGCUGCAGACCCAUUUGUUAACUUCGAAUUGGAGCUCUCUUACAUCACUGUUUCCCCGUUGGGCGUGCCUCAACAGGUUAUAGCAGUUAAUGGAACAUUUCCUGGUCCAACUUUUAAUGUAACGACUAAUGACAAUGUGGUGGUAAAUGUGAAUAACAAAUUAGAUGAAAAUCUCCUCAUUACUUGGCCUGGAGUGCAAAUGCGUCGUGCUUCUUGGCAAGACGGUGUUCUGGGCACGAACUGCCCCAUUCCUCCCAAUUGGAACUGGACCUACCAGUUUCAAGUUAAGGAUCAGAUCGGUAGCUUCUUUUAUUUCCCAUCGCUCAAUCUUCAGAGAGCAGCUGGUGGCUUUGGUUCUUUUAUUAUCACUAAUCGGAAAAUCAUUCCGCUUCCUUUUAGUACCCCUGAUGGGGAUAUCAACAUUAUGAUUGGUGAUUGGUAUACCCGAAACCAUACGGCACUGAGAACGGACCUUGAUGCUGGAAAAGACCUUGGAAUGCCAGACGGAGUUCUCAUUAAUGGGAAGGGACCUUACAGAUAUAAUACAACGCUGGUCCCAGAUGGCAUUGAUUAUGAAACCAUCAAUGUUGACCCAGGAAAGACUUAUCGAAUUCGUGUGCACAACGUUGGGGUCUCAACUUGUUUGAACUUUCGAAUCCAGAACCAUAAUUUGCUUCUAGCAGAAACGGAGGGUUAUUACACAUCGCAACAAAAUUACACUAGUUUAGAUAUCCAUGUUGGGCAGUCCUACUCUUUUUUGGUUACCAUGGAUCAGAAUGCAAGUAGUGAUUACUAUAUUGUAGCCAGUGCUAGAUUUGUGAAUCAGUCUCUUUGGCAAAGUGUUACUGGUGUGGCUGUCUUGCACUAUUCAAAUUCAAAAGGAAAGGCAGCUGGUUCCCUCCCUGAUCCACCAAAUGAUGUAUAUGACACAUCAUUUUCGCUGAACCAGGCAAUGUCCAUCAGGCAAAAUGUAUCUGCUAGUGGAGCUCGCCCUAACCCACAAGGUUCAUUUCAUUAUGGUUCGAUCAAUGUGACUGAUGUGUAUAUGUUAAGGAGCCUUCCCCCAGUGGUGAUUGAUGGGAAACUCCGAGCUACAUUUAAUGGGAUUUCAUUUGUCAAUCCCGAUACGCCAAUUAGGCUCGCCGACAAGUUUAAUGUGCAAGGUGCAUACAAGCUUGAUUUCCCAAGCCAGCCACUGACUGGACCGCCUCGGACUGACAGAUCUGUUAUUAAUGCUACAUAUAAGGGUUUCAUUGAAGUCAUAUUGCAGAACAAUGAUACAGUAGUGCAGAGCUUUCACAUGGACGGUUAUUCGUUCUUUGUUGUUGGAAUGGCAUAUGGGGAAUGGACGGAAAACAACAGAAAUUCAUAUAAUAAGUGGGAUGCAAUAUUUCGCUCUACAACACAGGUAUUCCCUGGGGGAUGGACAGCAAUUCUCGUAUCUCUCGACAAUGUUGGAGUGUGGAAUCUUAGAGCAGAAAAUCUCGACAGAUGGUAUCUAGGCCAAGAAACCUAUAUGAGGAUUAUAAAUCCUCACGAAGACAACACAACUGAAUUGGAUGCACCCAAUAAUGUUCUUUACUGUGGUGCCCUGGCCAGCAUGCAGAAGCCACAAAAAACCUCUACUUCAGCAUCAACUGUCAGUGGGCAACCAAAGUUGUCUCUUGUGCUGCUGAUGGUGUUGUCUGCUGCCAUUUCGAUUUUAUAAUAGGCACUUCUGGUAUGCUUUGUUUGGGUUACAGUUUUUAGUUGUAAGUGUGUAGGUGGUGUGAAAAAGAAGUCUUGCUAGCACAAUUUUCCUGUUGUUCAUUGACAUUAUAGGUAAUUGGGGCAUCCAUCAUAUGUCAUGCAACAAAAUUGCAUAUUGAUGAUGAGCAACCCAUUUUUAAUGGCAUUUUAUUUGUACCGAACUUGUGUUAUUGUUUGGUAUUUGAUUUUUUUUUUUUUUUUUAAUUUGUUUUUCUUU